AUGCAGGGCAAGAAGCCGGGCGGCUCGUCGGGCGGCGGCCGGAGCGGCGAGCUGCAGGGGGACGAGGCGCAGAGGAACAAGAAGAAGAAAAAGAAGGUGUCCUGCUUCUCCAACAUCAAGAUCUUCCUGGUGUCCGAGUGCGCCUUGAUGUUGGCGCAGGGCACGGUGGGCGCCUACCUGGUGAGCGUCCUGACCACCCUGGAGCGCAGGUUCAACUUGCAGAGCGCAGACGUGGGCGUGAUCGCCAGCAGCUUCGAGAUCGGGAACCUGGCGCUCAUCCUCUUCGUGAGCUACUUCGGGGCGCGCGGGCACCGGCCGAGGCUCAUCGGCUGCGGAGGCAUCGUGAUGGCGCUGGGCGCGCUGCUGUCCGCGCUGCCCGAGUUCCUCACGCACCAGUACAAGUAUGAGGCGGGCGAGAUCCGCUGGGGCGCAGAGGGCCGCGACGUCUGUGCUGCCAACGGCUCGGGCGGUAACGAGGGCCCGGACCCCGACCUCAUCUGCCGCAACCGCACGGCCACCAACAUGAUGUACUUGCUGCUUAUUGGGGCCCAGGUGCUCCUGGGCAUCGGUGCUACCCCCGUGCAGCCCCUCGGGGUCUCCUACAUCGACGACCACGUGCGGAGGAAGGACUCCUCGCUCUACAUAGGAAUCCUGUUCACGAUGCUGGUUUUUGGACCAGCCUGUGGAUUUAUUCUGGGCUCUUUCUGUACCAAAAUCUAUGUGGAUGCAGUCUUCAUUGACACAAGUAACCUGGACAUCACUCCGGACGACCCCCGCUGGAUCGGAGCCUGGUGGGGCGGCUUUCUGCUCUGCGGUGCCUUACUCUUCUUCUCCUCCCUCUUGAUGUUCGGGUUCCCACAGUCCCUGCCUCCACACACAGACCCCGCCAUGGAGAGCGAGCAGGCCAUGCUCCCUGAAAGAGAGUAUGAGAGGCCCAAGCCCAGCAACGGCGUCCUGCGGCACCCCCUGGAGCCAGACAGCAGUGCCUCCUGCUUCCAGCAGCUGAGAGUGAUCCCGAAGGUCACCAAGCACCUGCUAUCCAACCCCGUGUUCACCUGCAUCAUCCUGGCCGCCUGCAUGGAGAUUGCAGUGGUGGCUGGCUUCGCUGCCUUCCUGGGGAAGUACUUGGAGCAGCAGUUCAACCUCACCACCUCAUCUGCCAACCAGCUGCUUGGGAUGACAGCCAUCCCGUGUGCCUGCCUGGGCAUCUUCCUGGGAGGCCUCCUGGUUAAGAAGCUCAGCCUGUCCGCCCUGGGGGCCAUCCGGAUGGCCAUGCUCGUCAACCUGGUGUCUACCGCUUGCUACGUCUCCUUCCUCUUCCUGGGCUGUGACACGGGCCCCGUCGCUGGCGUUACUGUUCCCUAUGGAAACAACUCAGUGCGUGGCGUGGCCCUGAACCCACACUCGUCCUGCAAUAAGAACUGCAAAUGCCAAACGGACUCCUUCACUCCAGUGUGCGGGGCAGACGGCGUCACCUACCUGUCCGCCUGCUUCGCAGGCUGCAACAGCACGAAUCUCACAGGCUGUGCAUGCCUCACCACCAUCGCCCCCGAGAAUGCCACCGUGGUCCCUGGAAAAUGCCCCAGCCCUGGGUGCCAAGAGGCCUUCCUCACCUUUCUCUGUGUGAUGUGCGUCUGCAGCAUGAUCGGUGCCAUGGCCCAGACGCCCUCCGUCAUCAUCCUCAUCAGGACAGUCAGCCCUGAACUCAAGUCUUACGCCCUUGGAGUUCUUUUUCUCCUCCUUCGUUUGUUGGGCUUCAUCCCCCCACCCCUCAUCUUCGGGGCCGGCAUCGACUCCACCUGUCUCUUCUGGAGCACCUUCUGUGGGGAGCAGGGCGCCUGCGCCCUCUACGACAACGUGGUCUACAGAUACCUGUACGUCAGCAUUGCCAUCGCGCUCAAGUCCUUCGCCUUCAUUCUCUACACCACCACGUGGCAGUGCCUGAGGAAGAACUAUAAACGCUACAUCAAAAACCACGAGGGCGGGCUGAGCACCAGCACAGAGUACCAAGACAUUGAGACUGAGAAAACCUGCCCCGAGUCACACUCACCUUCAGAAGACUCCUUUGUGAGAAGCUGAGGGCCCUGUUCCUCCUGCAGAGAGCAGCCCAUCACCACCCACAGACCUCACAGGCCUGACUUAGCUGCUCUGCCUGCCUGAGCGCCCAGGGGGCCCCUGUGGAGUUUCCAAUGCGCGCUUCCUUUGAGGCCCCACGCACUGGCCUUUGACGAGGACUAAGGAGCUGACGGGGCUGAGAGUCCGCCUCUGGUAGCCCUCAGAAGUAGUCGUUUCUGGGUCCCAAGCUUGACCUCCUGUGCAUUCCCUCCUGCCUACCCCUCCUCUGCUUCUGUGGGGAUGGCUUGCUGCCCUGCUUUAGAGACCCCCCUUGGGAAUGCUUCUCUGAUCGAGGGCUCCAACAGCUCCCAAGAAAUCAGCCAAAGUUAGAUUUUACUAGGAGGGGUAAAAAUCACCCCAUUUCACAGAGUAGAGGAGGCAAAAGCACAUACUCAAUAGUUUUUGAGUGUGAUAUUCUGUAUUUUUGCAGCUUAUAUUUUCCAGAUGAGCAGUUUAGAAAUGUGAUGUAAAGUACAUUACUGUACAUUGCUGAAAAUUACAUUAA